CAGGCCCGAGAGGCCAUGUUGCAGAUCACUGAGUGGCGAUUCCUUGCGAGGGAUGAGGGUGAGACAGAUGUGGCCGAAGAUCCUACAUGGGGGGAGGAUGAGGAGCCUAGGGCCAGCACCACAGACACCUGGGCUCAAGGCUCUGUGCCUGUACUGCAUGCACCUUCCCCUCCUAUUCCCCCAGGACUCGAACCCUCCUCCCAACCUGAGGGCACUGAGUGUUCGGAACAGCUCCCCUUGCAUCAGAAGACUUGGAUCUCAUGUUCUGAGGAGCAGAGCUUAUCUUUCUGGGAACCUCUUGAGUUGGGGCCCACCCCAGGUCCCCCCCCAACACCAGAACUCUCUUCACAUAGCCCCCAACACUUUGUCUUACCUCACCCUUGUCUAGAUUCAGCUCCUAAUAGUUAUCCCUGUCUUUCUAUGUGGGAGAGUUCCCAGAUUUCUUUAGAAACAUCCAGUCCAUUGAGUCCACAUCCUUCUCUAGAUAUGUACUUAUGGGGAAGUUCUCAGGCACCUCUAACUUCACAGCCCGCUUACAGAUCUCCUCAACGAAGUCCCCAAACCUCUUUACGUCCCCAGGGGGGUGGGGACACCCAAGACCAAAUGGAGGAGACAAAUUUACCUUCCCCCUACUACCUAUCCGUUCCUCUUCCACCAUUCCUGGCUAGUCCUCCCUGGGGCCUCCCAAAAUCCCGGUCUCUUCCAACUCAGGUACCUUCACUAAGCCCCACUUUGUUACCUGCUGCCUCAGCCAAGUUCAUGCGCUUACAGCUGGGACGGUCAUACCUAGCACCAGGUCUGGUGUAUGAUAAAAUGGGGCAAAUCAUAGCCAUGGAUCCACUGGAUCCUACCCAUCUUCCCCAGCACCAAAUUCAACCCCUGGCCAAAGUUGUGGUCCCUGAUGCAGAAGUCCACCCACUGGAGUCCUACAAGGAACAAAGGAAGCAUGUAAAGUAUGGGAAAAAGUUCAAUUUCAAGCUACCUACCCACCGCCGCCCCAUACCCCACUUCCAUCGUGGUUUCCAUUUCCCGAGCCCAGGCCUUCCCUUCCUAACCCCUGUCUUAGAACUCCAGAACCGACACUUCACUCCAAAGCAUUUGCCUAAUAUCCAAUGGCCUAGUGGGUUGGAGGGGAAAACAGAUCUGUUGCAGAUGCAGCCAGUGGGUUCAAGUCGGAUGCCAAAGAUGGAGUCAGGAAAAAGGCCAACUUCUGAGCUGAUGAGUACACUUCCUCACCAUGGUACAAAAGUCCUUGAUGCUACCUCCCAGCUGAUGUGGAAACCUUCAUCCCUGCUGGACACAAUGAAGCUGAUGCCUAAUGUGAGCCUCUGGAAUCCAAGCAAAAACACUCAUCGAAGUGGUUUUAUUCCUUCUCGCAGAGAGAGAGAAAAAACCCUUGGUCCACUGACUGAGGAACCUUCUGAGCAGCGACCCAUCCAGACCCAUGCACUUAACCCUCAGGUCACGGUGGCUCAGCUGCUGAAGGGCUCCCCACCCAAAGUUCGGGCCCUUCCUUCUCAGGAGACCCUCAACACCACCCUCCCUGAGGAAGCCUGAGUGAAGAAAGUUCUAUAUGGCAUUCCGAUCCCAUCCAAUAAUAUCCUGACAACCAAAUUCCCCUUUGCUUGCCUCCCAACAAUAAAUAUUUGUGGGGCCCUAGAUGUUAGGCUUAUAUAUCCCUGCCCAUUAAUUUUUAUAAUUAGUCCAAAAGAAGGUCACCCUUUCAUGUCCAAAGCCCCUCUAACAAGGACAUUUCCCCCCCCACUUCCUGACUUUAGGCAUCCUCCAUUCAGAUGGAGGAGACAUUCCCUCCCUUCCAAGGACCCUCUAAAUGAAUGCUGGUACAUAGAGUCUCUUCUCUCAGAGAGAAAGGGAAUAUCCCAAAUUGGGAUAUGUAGAGAGUGUAUUAGAAAUCUUGGGUCCAGAUGUAAGUAUUAGUAGGUAUGGUAUUGUCAGAGAUUAAGGAUUCUUUUGAAAUCAUUCCACCACACAAUGUGCUAGUCCUGUGGGCUGUGAAAUGAUGACAGGUUUCUGAAGAAGGAGACACCCAUCACUAUCUUUCCAUACAACCAUGAGCAUCCUGAAGACCAAGAGAAGUGCUCACACUUCUAGGGAACUCCCAGACUGAAUCAGAGACACCCCUACCUAUGGGGAAACCCUUGUUUUGACAAAGAAUCAAAACUUUUGUCUGAAAAUACCUCAGAGGCCAUCCAAGCAAGUCUAUCAAAACAAGAGUCCCCUUAAACUCUCUAUUAGGGGAUGUUAAAGUUGAUUCAUCCUUUAUUUGAAGACCUGUAUGGAAAAGAAAAUCCAACUGAGUCGUUCCACUUUGUAAUCUGAGCAAUGUUAAGAACUUUUUCUUCACAGCAAGCCAAAAUCUUCCAAUGCAAUUUUCACUUGUUGGUCAUAGUUCUAUCCUUUGAAGUCAAGAACAAGUCAAUUGGCUCUUCUACAUUGGAAGUCUUUCAAAACAUGAAAAAUGAUAUAGUGUGUUUCCUUCAAUUAUUCCUUAUACAGUAUGAACUUUACCAUUCUGCAUUGUCUGGUUCUAGAUACAUUCUAGCUUGAGAAUAUGUUUUCUAAUAUGUAGAACCUAGAACUGGAUUUCAAAACAUGGUCUGACCAAGGCAAGUAGAUUCUCACUAUAUCUAUUCUUGGUAAAUCCACUCUGACAACAUACAUGGAGAGGAAUUGUUAUUUUAUCAUCUUUUCUCCAAUAUUGCUGUAAUUUGUGGUUUUUUCAUUCAGCUUUAUGAAUUUAUAACUAUUAAAUUUCCUCUUAAUAGACUUGUUCCAUCAUUCUAGCUGUGGAGAUCUUUUUUUUGGAUUUAGAUUUGGACAUCAAAUUUGUUAUAUCCUCCCUUCUCACCUCUGUAUCAUCUGUAAAUUUGAUCAGCAUAGUGCCUUGUAUAUAAUAAAUGCUUAAUAUCUGUCAAA